GGUUCCACUAAGCCAGAAACUCUCCACAUUAUAGAGCAAAACCUGAGAAUUUACAAGCCACUUCACUGGAGCUGUCAGCAACACCGCAACAUUUCAAUGAAAGGAGAGAAAGAGAUUGCGACCAAAAUGGACCCAUCUAACGGUCCUAACCGGCCACUGGAGAUUGUCCCAAACACGGAGGAGAAGAUGAUGGACCGAGGACAGUGGGGUAACAAGCUGGAGUUUGUGCUGUCAGUCGCUGGAGAGAUUAUCGGCCUGGGAAAUGUCUGGCGCUUCCCGUACCUCUGCUACAAGAACGGUGGAGGUGCGUUUUUUAUCCCAUACCUGAUCUUCCUCUUCACUUGCGGUAUUCCCGUGUUCUUUUUGGAGAUCGCUCUGGGUCAGUACACAAGUGAGGGAGGAGUCACCUGUUGGAGAAAGAUCAGCCCACUGUUUGAAGGUAUUGGAUAUGCAACACAGGUCAUUGUGGCUCUGCUGAAUUUCUAUUAUAUAAUAGUUCUGGCCUGGGGAAUAUUUUACCUGUCCAACUCUUUCUCCUGGAACCUCCCAUGGUCUUCUUGCAACAACACCUGGAAUACAGAUUCUUGCGUGGAGUUCCAAAGACGAAAUGGAUCCGUUGAACAAAACUACGUGGAAAACGCAACAUCACCCGUGAUUGAAUUUUGGGAACGAAGAGUUUUAAGGAUCUCCUCUGGAAUUGAUGAGAUUGGGACGUUACACUGGGAUCUGGUGCUCUGUCUGCUCUUGGCCUGGGUUUUGUGCUACUUCUGUAUCUGGAAGGGCGUAAAGUCCACUGGCAAGGUGGUGUACUUCACAGCAACCUUCCCGUAUGUGAUGCUGUUGAUUUUACUCAUCAGAGGGGUCACGCUGCCUGGAGCGUCCCGUGGGAUCCAGUUCUACCUUUAUCCCGAUCUGGGAAGGUUAGCUGAUCCACAGGUAUGGAUGGAUGCGGGCACACAGAUAUUUUUCUCAUAUGCCAUCUGUCUGGGGUGCCUUACCGCACUCGGCAGCUACAACAAAUACAACAACAACUGCUACAGGGAUUCUUUGGCCUUGUGUUUUCUCAACAGCGGAACCAGUUUUGUCGCUGGUUUUGCCAUCUUCUCAAUUCUCGGCUUCAUGUCUUACGAGCAAAACGUUCCGAUUUCAGAAGUUGCAGAAUCUGGUCCUGGUUUGGCGUUCAUUGCAUACCCGCGGGCUGUGUCUAUGAUGCCCAUCUCACCGCUGUGGGCCUGUUUCUUCUUCAUAAUGAUUGUUCUGUUGGGAUUAGACAGCCAGUUUGUGUGUGUGGAGAGUCUGGUCACGGCUAUGGUGGACAUGUACCCGUCUGUGUUCCGCAGAAAGAACCGCAGAGAACUACUCAUCCUCGCUGUGGCCGUCGUGUCCUUCCUCGUGGGUCUGAUUAUGCUCACAGAGGGUGGAAUGUAUGUCUUCCAGCUGUUUGAUUACUACGCAGCGAGUGGAAUGUGUUUGCUCUUUGUUGCAAUUUUUGAGACAGUCUGCAUUGCCUGGAUAUACGGUGCUAAUCGAUUCUAUGAUAACAUCGAGGAUAUGAUCGGUUAUCGCCCUGGGCCGUAUAUUAAAUACUGCUGGAUGUUCUUCACCCCGGCCACAUGUUUUGGUACAUUUGCAUUCUCCCUGAUCAAAUACACUCCUCUGAAGUACAAUAAUGAGUAUGUGUACCCAUGGUGGGGUUACGCUCUUGGCUGGCUGCUCGCUCUCUCCUCGAUGGUCUGUAUCCCGCUGUGGGUCAUUUCUAAGAUGAGUACAGCCAAAGGUUCUCUCAGAGAGCGUUUCCAUGAGCUCACCACACCCUCUCCUGACCUGGCCAAGACCAAACGCGAGCAGGAGAAACUUCAGGCCAUUUUUGCAGCCGAUGGCGACAGUCUUCGCCAGCGGAGUGCCCCGACCAAAGACGGGUACUUCCCCGUCAGUGAGAAGGAGUCACACUGUUAGCCCCACCCCGAACUGGAACUGUGAUGGACCACUCUGUGUUUCCCAGAGGGUGGUCCUUCUAAACUUCCCAUGAUACCUCACAAUACUGGCAGCCAAAUAAACUAUACAGAGACGCCAGGGUGAUGUUUGACCUCCAUUGGUCUAUGAGAGGAUUAUAAGAGCUUCUUUUGAUUUCAUGUUUGCUCUUGUAAGACAAGAGAGUGUGAAGUGUUUGUUAGUGUGAAUAUUAUGGAUAAUGGAAUGUGAAUGUGAACAUGAAACAAUGUUCAAAACCCAUUUUACUUCCGUAAUGUGACGUUUCUAAAGUAAAUUCAAGGGGGAAAAAAAUGUAGGCACAGCAUGUUAUGCAUAUUUGCAUAUUUCACUGAAAAAAAAUAGAAAAAAAUAAAGAAAUGAGAAUUUAUAUUUUGCUUAGAGAAAGUGGGAUCAGGCAGUGAUGUUGGGUGAUGGGGCCUGGCUUGGUGUCGGCGUUCCAAUUAAUUCCAAAGGUAGGGUUUGGAACUGAGAACCGGUGCUUAUUCGGAUAAAUAACAAAAAUAAAAAAGAUAAAAAACAACCGUUUGAUUUUCAGGAAUUUCGCUUCUGUUGAUGGUUCUUGAACGUGCAUUUUCCCACAAUGCAGACGGAACACCAUAGAAUACUCUGACAGUGUUUAAUCUCUACCAUUUCUUUAGACCUUAUUCACAGUAUCGCUUUGAUUUUUGACAGGAAUGAUAACAAGGCUGUGAGGGAUAGAUAAUAGCAUGCACUGUAUAAAGCUCCUAGAUCAAAUCUAAUUUUCCACAACUCAUGUUUUCUAGAGUUUUUUUUGUCAACUGUUUUAGAUGUUUGUACUGUAGCUAGAUGUUAGAAAUGGAAAUGAGGGGCCUGGGUACCUCAGUGGUAAAAUACGCUGCCUACCAUCCCUGGAGUUCGCUAGUUCGAAUCCCAGGGUGUGCUGAGUGACUCCAGCCAGGUCUCGUAAGCAACCAAAUUGGCCCGGUUGCUAGGGAGGGUAGAGUCACAUGGGGUAACCUCCUCGUGGUCGCUAUAAUGUGGUUUGUUCUCGGUGGGGCGCAUGGUCAAUUGAGCGUGGUUGCCACGGUGGAUGGCGUGAAGCCUCCACACGCGCUAUGUCUCCGUGGCAACACGCUCAACAAGCCACUUGAUAAGAUGCACGGGUUGACUGUCUCAGACGCGGAGGCAACUGGGAUUCGUCCUCCACCACCCGGACUGAGGCGAAUCACUAUCCGACCACGAGGACUUAGAGCGCAUUGGGAAUUGGGCAUUCCAAAUUGGGAGAAAAAGGGGAAAAAUCCCCCCCCCCCCAAAAAAAAAAGAAAAAAAAGAAAUGGAAAUGGGAACCCCUGGAGUCACGAGUUUGAAUCCAGGGUGUGCUGAGUGACUCCAGCCAGGUCUCCUAAGCAACCAAAUUGGCCGGUUGCUAGGGAGGGUAGAGUCACAUGGAGUAACCUCCUUGUGGUCACUAUAAUGUGGUUCUCGCUCUCGGUGGGGCGUGUGGUGAGUUGUGCAUGGAUGCUGCAGAGAAUAGCGUGAAGCCUCCACACGCGCUACGUCUCCACGGUAACGCGCUCAACAAGCCACAUGAUAAGAUGCGCGGAUUGACGGUCUCAGACGAGGAGGCAACUGAGAUUCGUCCUCCACCACCUGGACUGAGGCGAGUCACUACGCCACCACGAGGACUUAGAGCACAUUGGGAAUUGGGCAUUCCAAAUUGGGCAGAAAAUCAAAAAAAAAAAAAAGAUGGGAAAGAUCUAAAACACUUUAAAAACAGUACAACUCAACUGUAAGUCUUUCCAUCACAGUCUCAUUUUCAUUCCCACCCAAACAUUUAAGAUGUCGCUACUGUGAACAAGGUCUAUAGUGCGAAACACAUAACGUGACCAGUGUAGUCUGAUUCUUGAACGAAUGACUCUUAUAAGCUGGUUCUUUUGACUCUACAGCGCAACCAGUGUAGGGCAGUUCACAAACGAUUGACUCUUUAGAACCGGUUCUUUUAAAUCUACACCACGACCAGUGCAGUCCGAUUCCCUAACGAAUGACUCUUAUGAACCGGUUCUUUUAAAUCUACACCGCGACAAGUGCAGUCCGAUUCCCUAACGAAUGACUCUUAUGAACCGGUUCUUUUAAAUCUACACCACGACCAGUGCAGUCCGAUUCCUUAACGAAUGACUCUUAUGAACCGGUUCUUUUAAAUCUACACCACGACCAGUGCAGUCCGAUUCCUUAACGAAUGACUCUUAUGAACCGGUUCUUUUAAAUCUACACCACGACCAGUGCAGUCCGAUUCCUUAACGAAUGACCCUUAUGAACCGGUUCUUUUAAAUCUACACCACGACCAGUGCAGUCCGAUUCCCUAACGAAUGACUCUUAUGAACCGGUUCUUUUAAAUCUACACCACGACCAGUGCAGUCCGAUUCCUUAACGAAUGACUCUUAUGAACCAGUUCUUUUAAAUCUACACCGCGACCAGUGCAGUCCGAUUCCCUAAGGAAUGACUCUUAUGAACCAGUUCUUUUAAAUCUACACCGCGACCAGUGCAGUCCGAUUCCCUAAGGAAUGACUCUUAUGAACCGGUUCUUUUAAAUCUACACCACGACCAGUGCAGUCCGAUUCCUUAACGAAUGACUCUUAUGAACCAGUUCUUUUAAAUCUACACCGUGACCAGUGCAGUCUGAUUCCUUAACGAAUGACUCUUAUGAACCAGUUCUUUUAAAUCUACACCGCGACCAGUGCAGUCCGAUUCCCUAAGGAAUGACUCUUAUGAACCGGUUCUUUUAAAUCUACACCGCGACCAGUGCAGUCCGAUUCCCUAAGGAAUGACUCUUAUGAACCGGUUCUUUUAAAUCUACACCACGACCAGUGCAGUCCGAUUCCCUAACGAAUGACUCUUAUGAACCGGUUCUUUUAAAUCUACACCACGACCAGUGCAGUCCGAUUCCUUAACGAAUGACUCUUAUGAACCAGUUCUUUUAAAUCUACACCGUGACCAGUGCAGUCUGAUUCCUUAACGAAUGACUCUUAUGAACCAGUUCUUUUAAAUCUACACCGCGACCAGUGCAGUCCGAUUCCCUAAGGAAUGACUCUUAUGAACCGGUUCUUUUAAAUCUACACCGCGACCAGUGCAGUCCGAUUCCCUAAGGAAUGACUCUUAUGAACCGGUUCUUUUAAAUCUACACCAUGACAAGUGCAGUCCGAUUCCCUAACGAAUGACUCUUAUGAACUGGUUCUUUUAAAUCUACACCGCAACAAGUGCAGUCCGAUUCCCUAACGAAUGACUCUUUUGAAUCUACAAUGUAAAACAUAAUGCGGGACCAGUGAAUUCAGUUCCCGAAUGAAUGACUCUUAUGUGCUGGUUCCUUUGAAUCUACAGCACAACUAGUGUCGUCCGACUCCCAAACAAAUUACUAUUUUGAGUCUAUUCUUUUGAAUUUACAGCGCGAAAGAUACCGCGCGGCCAGUAUAGUCUGCUUCCAGAAAAAAUGACUCUUAUUAGCCGGUUCGUUUGAAUCUACAGCAUGAUCCGUGUAGUGCUAUUCCCGAAUGAAUGACUCUUAUGAGUCGGUUCUUUUGAUUGAAUCUGACUUCCGUCAUGUUCAGCUCAAAACAGAUAAGGGCCUCCACAAACAGUUAUUACCACAAAGUUGAAAGCACAAUAUUGUCUAGAAUGUCACUGUACGUCAUAGCAUUAAGAUUUCACCUUACAGAAAUGACUAGAUUAGCCAAACUUGUUUAAUUAGAAGGGGGUGUCUGCAUUGUUUUGGCAGGACAUCCCAUCAGACCCUUUGCCCAGCAGGUGUCAGAGUGGAACAGAAUUGAAAUAGUAGCUAGGUGUUAGAAAUGGAAAUGGGAAUGUCUUUACGACUGUUUCGGUUAAAACAAUCAAUGCAUCUGCUUUCUGAGGAAGCAAAUGAAUGUUUUUAGAAUCCAUAUGGAUAUGCUUCAUAAAUACAGUAGAAUCUGUAGGAUUUUUUUUACUCACAUCAACAUGAUUUAGUUAGAAAUUAUGAACGUUAGAACUUUCAUCACAUCGUAGUAUGGGAUAAGUAUUAAAGGCAAUGAAUGGAAAUCAGUUUGAAUUGUAUGUUUUGAGGUGAAAAAAAAUUAACAGUGUUAGCUUAAUGAUCAAUAAUUCUUGUGCAUUUGACAGUAUUCUGGGAUGUCAGCUAAUAUAAAUCAUACAUUUCUGUAUUCCAUGAUUCUGUAUUUGUACUGUCAUAUUGAAACUUUAUUAAUGCAGUGUUAGUUUGUCAUCUAGCAUUCACUGUCAAACAGUAUAGAGGUAUACAUGUUUUAACACCUGCGAAAAUCAACUUGAUUGCAAACUGAGGACCAAUCAAUUUUUCCUUUUCAUUGUUUUCCUCACUUUUGGUACAUAUUUAAUUACUUGUAUGACGUGUUGAAGUGUACUGAGUAUGUGAACCACCAGCAAUCUAUAUGUAAAUACCUUGUACAGAGCGGUUGAGUUUGGAUUUUGUGAACUUGUAAAUGUGUUACAUUUCUUUAGCCAGAUAUAUUGCUCAUGUAUAAACAUUACAUCAAUUAAAGAAAUAAUAAUAAUAAAAGUAUUAUCUACACGAUGGAUUAAUCCAUUAAAUCCA